CUGGAGGGAGGACUUGACAGUCGAGGCUCAAGAACCGGCAUUCCCAGGACUCGGGCGGGACACAGCCUGUGGUGAGCCGCGGCUAGGAAAAGCGACGAGAUGAUCCGCCAGAAGUUCAGCCAAUUCAUGGCACUGAAGAUACAGUCGGAGCUUGAACAGCCCUCAGAACUGCAGCGGGAACCCCAGGAGGACCUUAGCUCAGUGGGUGGGUCCGUCACGCGGAUGAUAACAGGUGUGCGGACCGAGUCCAGAACCGCGGCCUCGAUAGAAGCGGAUGAAGAUCCUGCAGCCAACUUGUUCCCGCCCCCGUUGCCCCAGCCCCGUAUCUGCAUGUGGAAGUACCUGGACAUCCAUUCCAUGCACAGGCUGCAGAAGACAGCCAACACUGAGGAGAUGAGGGAGGUGCUAGCUGAGCUCUUGGGGCUAAGCUAUCCUGAGCAAAGCCUGCGGGAUGCCAUCACCCUGGACCUCUUCUCCCACGCACUCCUCUUCUGCCGCCAGCAUGGCUUCUCACUGGAACAGACAUCGACAGCUUGUGCCCUGCUCCAAGAUCUUCACAAGGCCUGUGUUGCAACCCCCUUGGGCAACGUGGAGGAAUGUUACCGCUACUUCACCAGUGUCCUUUUUUGCCACGGAGUCAAGCGGCCCCCCUUCAGUAUCAACCUCUUUAGGGAGGAACAGCUGCUGGCCCUGGCAGAUUAUGUGGUCAACACCUACUUCCGCCACUUCAAGCUCUACAAAUACGUCUUCACACCCCAGGUGCGGCUGGAUCUAUCUUUGACUUACGUGGGGCUACAGCCACCCAAGCUCUGGCCAGAAGAUGAGACAGAGAAAGGCGGCGAGGAGGCGAAGGAGCAGGCAGUCACCCCGCAGGAGGAACCAGAAGCAGCGGUCCUGCCAGAGCCACAGCCAGAGCCAGAGCCAAGCCAGGUCUCCAUCCUGCAAGCCUACAUCAGGACCCAGAUGAACAAAGAGCUGAGGCAGCUCCAACAGCUGAUGGAGGAGCGGCUCCAGGCCAGCGAGGAAAGGCUCAGCAGCAAGUUGACCACACUAGAGCAGCCCUUCCAGCUACCUUCCGGCAAAGGCAAGAACAAGACCAAGUGA